UAUACCAUUUGUAGUAAUAUUUGUUAUUGUUUGCUUAUAAAGUAUGUUAUCAUGUUUGACGUUACCCUAUUUCAUUCUAUGUUAUUAAGAACUAGCUUCCUUCCUUUCGGAGGGAACAAUUUUUCAAUAUUUAUGAGGAAAAGUAGCAGUGCAAGUCGAUUGAUUUUACCCCAGAAGAAAUGGUAACCAGUUUAGUCACUGGUCAUCGACUAAAGGACGAAGACAAAAACCGGCCCAUUCUUGACCAACGAAAAGUGAAUGCCAUAGUCAAUUUUGUGUGUUACUUACACCCAUUAUGCACAGCCAUAAUUAGAAACAAGAUGGGACUCAAAUAUAACGAUACUCGGCAUAACCUAAAGAGAAUGGAGCAGAAAAUGGAAAGUUAAACUAGUUAGAUAUGUCGUUUUUGUGUAAUUUUUUCAGUACUAUAUUCUUAAACAAUUGAAUUUUGAAUGUUUUUUCUUCAGUAAACUUUAAAAACCGUUAUCAUGACAAUGGUAUCAGAUUACAAUUUCCUGAAAGAAGUACCCACAUGCCUUCAAUAGUACCGGAUACCAGGCUAACAGAAACACGCCUAUAGCAGCCCCAGUACAUCCAUGGGAGCGGCUUCAAAGACCAUGGAAAAUGGUGCAUGCAGACUUCGCAGGACCAUUUGAGGGUAAAAUGUUCCUCAUCUUAGUGGACGCACAUUCUAAGUGGCCAGAGGUCAGAUUGAAAUGUCAGCAACCUCAAGUGAACAAACCAUUGAAAUAUUGAGGAGUGUAUUUGCGAGGGAUGGGUUGCCAGAAAAGUUGGUAACGGACAACGGUCCGCAGUUUAUCGCACAUACAUUCAAACGGUUUAUUGAAGCCAACGGCAUUCGACAUAUAACUUCUGCCCCGUAUCAUCCAAGGACAAACGGCCUGGUGGAACGGUUCGUUCAAACCUUUAAGCAUUCUAUGAGAGCAUCAAGAGCACAGCAUAGUUCGUUAGGAAAAAGGCUGUCAACGUUCCUGCUCAGUUAUAGAUCAACUCCGCAAACCACAACCCAAGAAACACCUGCAAAGUUGUUCUUAGGCAGAGAGCUUCAAACGCGACUGACAUUAAUGAAACCAAACAUCGCGAGAAAGGUGGAUGUCGUGAAUGAGAAAAUGGAAAAAGUUUCCAAUAAUGUGCACAAAUUCACAGUAGAGGAAACAGUAGCUGUACGAGAGUAUAGUGGACACAAUAAAAUUGGAUUCCUGGUGUUGACAGGUCCGCUCUCAUAUACAGUUCAGACUUCUCCAGGGACUGAAUGGCCCAGACACGCAAAUCAAUUGAGAUCAGCCAACCUUAGAGAUCAGGAAAUCCUCCAUGAAACACUAAUCGAAAAGGAACACACACCAACAAUGCGAAAAACAAUGACAGAUCAUGAAGAAAAAUUAAACCACCUACUAGACUUGAUCUAUAGAACCCUGUUAUACAUAAGUUACAAUGUUUGGACAGUUAAAGGUUAAGGGGGAGGGAUGUUGUGUCCGAACCACAAGGUUCGAUGUUUAGCAAACCACAAGGUUCGAUGUUUUGCUCGCUGUUGAGCGUUCUCCCUGGUUUUUGGCAUUAAAUGAUUAUCAUUGAAAGUUUACCUACGUCUUAGGCCUAUCAUUCCUUAUUUACGUCAAUCUAAGAGUGAGAAAUUUAACACGUUCAUGAAGAUCAGCAUUAGAAAUACUAGCAUACGGCCAAUGGAGGUUCAAAAUCGUCUUGAGAUGUCUGCGCUGCAUCACAUCAACUUUUUCCAAAACUGAGCUCGGCGCUGCCCAACAACUGAAAUUAUACAUAACAACAGAUACGACUUGGGCUUCAUAAACUUUAAUUUUCUUCGUAAUUGAAAUCUUUGUACCACAAAGUCACACCUUUCUAUAUUUCUGAAAGGCUGCAUUGCCGAUACGACAUCUAUACAUAAUAUCUUGUGUAGAGCAAAGCAUUGAUCCAAGCAAUUUCGAAAACCUCUAUGGUUCGUUGUAUUUUAAGUGCACGCCAUUAUUAUUAAUUUUAUUCUUAGUCGCUACAUAUAGGUGGACGAACUCUGUCUUAUCUGCAUUAACGUAUAGGUCCCAUUGCUUAAAUACAUUGGUACAUUUAGGUAAAAAGUCUGUUAAAGGUUGUUUCGAUUCAUCAAUAAAAUCAGAAUCAUCUGCAUAUUGCCACUCUGCAGACAUACGAUUUUCUGUAAUUGCUGGGUUUGGCCUGUUAGUGAUGGCGCGCAAAUGAUUCAAAGCUCCUGCGAGGACUAAGAUAAAUAGAGUUCCGGAAAUCCCAUCACCUUGAAGAGAUCCUCUUGUGCACACAAAUUCUGUAGAUACUCUACUAUUUACUUUAACUCGUAGCGUUGUGUUUGCAAGUAAAAACCUGACGAGUCAAAUAUCAUCUCUACUACAUUUGAGAAGUCUUAAAAUGGUUGUCUUACGAAUUGUAUCAAAAGCAAUGGACAUAUCGAUGCCCAUAUUAUGUAGAUCAGUUUUUUUUUCUCCAGUACUACCGAAAUCAACAUUCUCUGUACCCAAACGACGUUUGUGCAACUUAUUCCUUGUUUGUAUGCACACUCCCGUGUAUUCCGCUGUCUGCGUCUGUAUUCUGUUUUAUACUAUAUUUGAUAAAAUCUUUCGUCACCCAUUUAAUAGACAAAUUGGUCGAAUAUUUUUAACAGGUCUAGCUACAUGUUGAGGUUUCUGAAUAGGUAGGAGAAUGCCUUGGCCCAUCUGUUCUAUGUACGUAUUUUCUUCAAAACACUGGUUUAAGAUAUCUGCAUACUUAGCAUAAAAUGUUUCACCAGCAAAUUUAAAGGAGUUCGUUUUUUAAAUCAUCCGGUUCACACGUUUUGGCAUUUUUUAGUUUUGAGACCGCACGUUUAACCUCCUCUAAUGUUAUAGGAUUAUCUAGAGACAUUGGAUCAUAAUCCAAAUGUUCUAAACCGAGUUCAUCUCCUGUAAGAUGUUCAUAAAAAGCAUUCUAUAAUCGUGUUCGCUUUAUCUUGAUCACUAUUAAGAUAUUCUCCAUGUUCAUUUUGUAUUCUUAUUGGUUUCCUUUCUUUUGAGUUAUUGAGAAUCCUGAUCGCCUCAAACAUUUUUCGUGAAUCAUCAGUAUCUUCAAUAUCU